GCGGUGGCGGCCAUGUGGUGCGCUCAGUAUCCGACUCGCGCUUCACUGAGCUAGUUGCAUCCCCCACAAGCCCACGAUGGCGUCAUACGAGUUGCCCGCAAACGCCAGACAGGCGAUGCUUAGACUCCACAUAGAAGGAGUGCAAGGCAACCUCCAGGAAUUGAACGUAUCUAACUGCAUCGUCGCGAACCCGGGAGACAUCCUGUGGUAUACAUCCGGACUGGAAAAGCUUCAAACUCUCAGGAGCGUUGCGUGUCCCCUAAGUGCGAGCUUUCUUCUGGACAGCCUGCUCAGGUCGUUGGAGAACGUGACUCACCUCGAAUUCUCGCUCGUCGACAGCAAGGAGGACGCCGAAGAGCAACUGAUCAAGGUCAGGCAUAUCAAUCACGUGGCGAACGGGCGUAGGAAACGGGAGACCGGACUUCGCAAGGUGUUCGUCGAGGUCGAGGGCGAAGAGAACGUGCAAGUGCUCUCCGCGUUCUUGGCGUACUGUCCGCACGUGACCGACCUUCACGUUCACGUGGUGCAUCCUGUUCGCUCCGACGUAGACGUGGCGACGUGCGUGCGCGCCGUCGAAAGCCUGAGCAAUCUGGAGAUGUUCACGUUAACGUGCGAAGCGCCGUUACCGACGCGGCCGGAACCUGUCUGGCCCCUCAACUUGGCGUACUGCGCCGGCAUCCUCGGCAACGUGGUGUACCGCAAAAGGCAGAACAGCCUGAACUACGCCCUCCUUCGCGACCUGUUCAGAUCGGCCAUCCCGGUGCUCCAUGGCGACCCCGUCGUCCUGGUCGCCUUCGCCACGCCGGAUCUCGAUGAGCAGUUGCACGACGCCGCCAUCCGGUACGACUGGAGCCAUCUGCGGAGCCUGUGCGUCGUGCUCUUUCCCCAAAGUCCCGACGACACCGCGUAUCCGGCCGUCGGCACCGCGUGCGACGCGGCGCUGCGCAAGUUCUUCUCCCGGUUUUCCGGCCUCACCGAGCUGAACGUCAGUUCGUUUCACUUCGGCGACGGCGUCGACUUCACGGAGCUGCUGGCCACGCACGCUCUGCAGCGGCUACGCGCGCUGUGCCUGCCCCCCUGCGGCAUGCGCCAGAGCGGCGCGGUGCUCCGGCUGGCAGUCGCCAUCAGCGACAUCGAAGACCUGGACAUCCGCUUCAACGCGGGCGGUCGCCUCCAGAGCUGCGAUUCCUGCAACAAGCAGCUGCUCGUCGAAACCACGUACAUGACCGUGUUCCGCGUCAGAAGGGGCCACGGCUGUCUCACUCUCUGCAACGUUCCGAACCUGGCCUCGCUGGACUUCCUCCAGCACUGUCAGGUGCCCUUCCUGCGGUUCAUCGACGUCAGUGACAACCCGCGCUUCGACUACCUGUCACUCGCGAAAGCCUUGUGCACCAACGUUAACACUUGCCUCCGCUCCCUCGUAGUCAAGCUCGCAAACAUCGAUUUCUACGACGCAAACUUCGUGACUGCCUUGUACCCUGCGGCGUUUCUGAAGCGCCUGUGCCUCCUGUCCAACACUCAUCUGCCGUCCAGCUGCGCGGAGGAGAGGAUCAAAGCGCUGGCCGCCCAGAUACCGUCCAUCUCCUACCUGCACAUCCACUACGUGGACGAAGCGGGCAAAGAGGAACGCCUGACGUGGAUUCGCUUGCUCGAAGACGCGGCUGGAGCAAGAUCGAAACAGGAACAAGUUAUGGCUGGCAAACCCUGCAUCAUGUGCUCCACCCAGACGUUCAUCGCACUCUCGAAACCGCGUCGUCAGGCGUUGUAGACCUUGCAACAGGACCGGUGGCUCGGUCCUGGGGGCAUUUGGUUCCGCUCAUCCGGGUGACGGCUAUGGUCGAACUGAAAUAGUGAUUGUGUCUGUCGUAAUAAUAUAAGUGUUGCAGCGAAAGAAACUGUCCGCUAGUGGCGUCACAUCUUCCUAGCUUGAGGGUCGGCGUGACUACGGGAGCAGGGUCUGAGCUGUUUCGCUCUCUUCGGUGCAUUCAGUGAGCGGUCACACUGUUUUACUACAGUUCCGCAGAACAUUCCGCCUGUAUUAACGCGUGCCUCAACCAAUCGCCUCUACUACGAAAUGCUGUCCUAGCGCAAAUCCGUUCCAGUUUUUAGUCAAGAUUGCCCGCUUCUUAACCCCGAAAUGUUCAUUUUAAGGCCAAUAAAUGUUACUACCUUCAACAA